GGGGGGUUAUGUGGGAGGCAGGGUUUAAGGGUUGACACAACAUUGUGGGCCAAAGGGCCUGGACUGUGCUGUAUUGUUCUGUGUUCUAUGUUAAUCCCUGUGAACAGUGACUGCUUCUGAUAGGGAUCUAAUGAGUCAUAAAUUAUUAACACAGCUUUCAUUCUGCAGACAUUCAGCUGGUUUGGUACAGUGGUUAUCCAACCCCUCCCCUCCCCCAGGAUCCUACAUUAUGUUAGAUAGUUUACUUAAUUUUACCUCAUUAACAGUUCUCUUUCCACUCCUUGCUUUGUGACAGAAAGCAACAUUGCAGGAUUGUUCAGAGGAAUUUUGGUUUUCUCCAAAAAAUGUUAACUGACUGAACUUUGGCUUUGGACUUGGUUACAAAGUAGCUACUGCUAUUGGGAGUGCUGGGUUCUAAUAUUUAAUGUUAACUUUUUUUUUCUUGCUGUCCAAUUCGGCAACCUGUAUCUGUUCUCUGUUCUCUGGUCUUCCUGGUUGGCUGGGUUGAUGGAUGCUACCAAUCGCUGCAGGAGUUGGAUGAGAUUGCCAAUGAUCGCAUGGCCUUGGUGUCCGGAAUCAGCUUGGAUCCAGAAGCUGCCAUUGGUGUCAGUAAGAGACUGCCUCCUAAAUGGGUGGAUGGAGCGGAACAAAUUCAAUUUGACAUCACCAGAAUAAAGCAGAAGAUGAAGGAGCUCGCCAGCUUACAUGACAAGUACCUGAACCGACCUACGUUGGAUGACAGCACUGCGGAGGAGCACGCAAUAGAAAUCACUACCCAGGAAAUAACUCAGAUGUUCCACAGAUGUCAGCGCUCAGUGCAGAAUCUGCAGAGCAAAGGGCGAAGCUGCACAGAGCAGGAGGAGCGGGUUCUUCGAAAUGUAAUUUCUUCUCUUGCACAAGCUCUUCAGGAUCUGUCAACUAACUUUCGACAUGCCCAGUCUUCUUACUUGAAACGUUUGAAGAAUCGAGAAGAAAGGUCCAAACAUUUCUUUGAAACUUCGGUGCCACUAAUGGAUGAUGCUGAAGAUGACAGUCUAUAUGACAAGGGUUUUACAAAUGAUCAGUUACUUCUGGUGGAAGAGAAUGCUCUGAUGGUCGAAGAACGAGAGAAGGAGAUUCGACAAAUCGUGCAGUCAAUCUCAGACUUGAAUGAAAUUUUUAGGGAGCUGGCGACCAUGAUAGUGGAGCAGGGGACCAUCUUGGAUCGAAUUGAUUAUAAUGUUGAACAAUCGUGUAUUAAAACAGAGGAGGGCUUACAGCAACUCCAGAAGGCUGAGCAACACCAGAAGAAGAAUCGAAAGAUGCUGGUCAUUGUGAUCCUUUUUGUGAUAGUGGUGGUUCUCAUCAUUGUGUUAAUAGGAAUCAAAUCAAGGUGAUCAACUACAACCUUCCUGCGGUGGGAACCGCAAGAAAAAUUCACCGGGGUUGGUGACUAAAUACUGUCUUUUUAAGGGAGUCUAGGUAACAUAGUUAGACCCCUCUAAAUUUUUUUCUCUACCGGAAAUCAGGAACAUAUUGUGAUUGCUGUGUUGUAAAUUAGAGUCGGGAGGGGGGUGGGGAAGCAAGGGGAAGGUGUGCUCUCUUGUGUUCUGUGAGCAGUACUCGGAUUUGCUUCUUACCACUUUCUGUCUUCAGCUGAUGAUGUGCCUGUGCUCUGUACCCAAAGAUCACCCAGCAAGAGCCAGCUUCAGCAUUACAAAGAGCCUUCACAGCGUUUCAACUACGUGAAGCAAAACAUGAACAAGGAUGUCUCAAACUGCAAUACGUCUGGUUCCUCUGCAUUCCUUUCUUUUCUUUGCACUGCUGUAUAUAUUACAGCAAACUCUGGUUCUGAAUAAUGAACUCUUUCCAAGCUUGUAAUCAAACUAUGUCAAAUGUAGAUCAUCUUAAAGCAAAAUCAUUUAGGACUUUAUGGGAAAGCAUUUCUUGCAGGUACGUGUUUGGCUUUUUUGUACAUCUCAUUUUAAAGUUGUCUGUGAGUUUGACAGCAUAGCAAUCAAUGAAUUGGAAAGGGGAGAGGAAGAGAGCAUGUAGGGGUGUGGAUACAGUAAGUUCUUAAGAGUAUGACGGCACAGAAUGGUGUUGAGUUAAGUGCCUACUAUCUGGAACUGCUCAGCCAACUUAGAAAAGAUAGCAAGGCAAGUUUGAAGAACCAGCACUGUGCUCGAGGCUAGCUUCAGUAUUCUUGGCAGCAGGUAGAGUUUGGAAGAACCAGGAAAGUAUAAGAUGGAUAACUACGGUGAGCUAAGUAAAAAUCAUGGCAAGGACAGAAAACUCUUGCAGAGCCAUGUCAAAGGUAAAGAUCUGCAACCUACUGGAACUGAUCUAGCUGUGCACCACUGCAAAAACCAAACAAAAUGGAGUUUAACCCAAGGGAUUAUCAACAUGGGGUUGAACACCUAGACUCAUGAUGGUAAGCAUCUGGAGGCUCCUUGCAGCUCUUUCAGAAGGCAGUUGAAUUUUGAACUUCCAUGUAGAGAGAACAUGAUGUUCAUUGUGCAUAGAUGUAUGUUGAUAUAAUAGGACUGGCAGUCCUGUAUUAAUCAAGGAAGGUGAUUUAUUUAAUUCAUGGACUUUUAUUAAUACUUCCAUCAUGUAGACUGUAAACUAAUUGAUGUUUUGCAGAAAGCCUUGACUGUUCUGCAGUGAAAAUUCUUUUUACUUUUGCAUCAAUGGUAUUAAUAAAUUACUCUGCUGUUAAGUUAAUCUUGCUUUUUUCGUAAAAUUUCCUAAUAUAAAUAAGCAUUUCACUUUUUUCUUCUCUUUAUCCCAAAAUGGUGAUAAGUUCUUUUUUCUGCUUUUGAAAGCUGAUGUGGCACUGUUCCUGUUUCUGAGCCCCUAACACAGCAGGCUGCAUGUGAUGAUUUUGAUUGUUUUGUUUUACUCGGGCAUAUUCAUCUUGUUUUCAAAUAACAAAAUGAGCUGAAUGUAUUCUUUUUAGUAUCUAUCUAGAUUCUAAAACCUCUGUGGCAGUCUAUUUGCUCAGGAAAGUGCAUAUUUUAAUACAUGUACUGCUGGGCAGGUUGUGUCUUGUGAUACAUAACUACAAGCCUGUCCUAAGUGCUGGAGGUAAUUAAAAUAAACUCAUUGCUGUAAUACAGUUGUUAAAUGUCUAUUUUACGCUAUUCGGUAACAGCUUCAGAGAUAUAACCAGGUUGCAGUGAACAACUGCGAGAUUUGUAAAGGAAUUUGGAUAGAUGGAAACAAAUUCAAGGUCUCUCAAGUAAGGAAAUUGCUUCUGAAUAAGUAUUUGAACGUAAGAAAUUUACAUUAUGAGCUGUGGUGUUGUUAGGCCAUUGAAUGCACUACUAGGGUUGAUAGAAAAUCAGCUAUUAAGAAUAGAUUAGAUAGGUGGAGGAAAGAAAGAAAUCAAUGUAGUGACACAAUGAAAUGUAUUAAUAAACAAGGCUAACUGAGCUGGUCUGUUAGCAUGCACUUCACAAGAAGAUAAACAGCCUGUUAUAUUUUUUUAUAUUUUACAUGAUGUUAAAAAGUAAAUGAUUGUGGAAGAUGUUGCACAGAGACAUACCGUGAAUGAAGUGUCAGCAUAAAUAAAGCACUGCAGAUGCUGGAUACCUGAAAUAAAAAGCUAGUGAAACUGAGCAGCUCCAGAGAGAAGGAAGUGGUUACCUUUCAUGAGUCAGUAUCCCAAGAAAGUUCACCAAACUGAAAUGGUCACUCCACAGAUACUGCCCCAGCUCUCUACGCUUUCAGCUGUUAUUUUUGAGAUUACGACGAUAAGGAAGACAUUAGUGUUGAAGUGAUGAUUCAGAUUUCAGUAAAUCUCCAUUCCUAGUUUCCCCUAAUGUUCUGUUCUCCUGAUACAUUAAAGAAAAAAGAUGGGUUUUGGUCCUUUUAAUGAAAACUCAGUAACAUUCAGUAUGGUAGUUUGAUCAACACCUUAUCUCCCAACAUAAAUAUUCACUACAUUGACAAUUGUGUACUGUGGCCACAAUGAGUACCCUCUAUAAAAUGUAUCAAUUCUUCAGACUGCCUUGGGUAGAAUUUUCCAGAUUUCCAACCCACCACUUAGCGGAUGCAUGAGAAAGCCUUCAGGGGGCACGCCAUUCUGAUUUAAACAUGUAUAUCAAUAUCCCAUCUUCAUAUCUGGAUCAAAAUCUCGGGAACCUUAACAGUAUUGUGGGAGCACCUGGGCUUGAGAAAGGUGGUCCGUCCUCAAUAUCUUCUCCAGUAAAAUCAGGAGUGGCUAAUAAAUACCAAUUAUUUUUUGCCAUUUACACCCUUAUCACUGUGAGAUGGAACUGGGGACAAUCUCAGUCCUGAUUUGGACACAAGACAGAUUGCAUAUUGAAAAUAAGUGGAUUUAGUAGAUUUAGAUGGUGGUGGGUGGUCCAUGAGUAACUACACCUGGAUUCUUGUGAAGAAAUGAUCUGAUAAUUUCAAAGGCAAUCUUUUUCCCCACUCUUUAUAUUAUUAGAGUAUCUGAUGUGAAAGGCCAGAAACUUGCAAAGAAGUGUAAAUGAGUAAGAAAAUGUGGUUGUAUGUAGUUCCCACUUGGUUGCUACAACAUUACCACCAAGGUGCUGUAUAUUUGACUAGGGAAUUGUGACAUGUGCCCAUAAGCACACAUUACUCUUAAUAGAGCUCAGAGAUGGACUGAUUUAGAACAGGACUGAAUGUAAUUUGGAGUGAACAGGCACACUGAGAAGAUGUAUUAUGUAAGUUCUGGAUAACAAUUCUCUUGUUGAAGAUGUAUAAUUGAACAAAAUUAGAUUGAUGCUCUGGAGUUUUGCCCUGUAGAAACUUGUUUUGCUUUAAGACUUCCCUCCGGAUUAAAUAGCUUUGAUAAAACACUAAAAGAAGAUAUUGGAGGUGCUGGAUGGGAGGGUUGGCCUUGAUGAAUUAAAAAUUUUACUUCUGUUGCGAGAAUGUGGGAGAAUAAGGUCCCCAUUCUGUUGGAAUCUCCAACAUUAGGUAAACUUCCCAAACCCCAUGUCACCAGGAACUAUGGUUUGGGAAGCUGGGUUGCAUUUCUUCUCAAGUGAUAUGAAACGUAUGAAUGCUUAAAAGAGGAUUUUGUAGAAGAAUGAAACCCAAGUAAUAUACAAGGGGGCUCGAGUAGAGGAUCUACUUACUUUCUACAUCAGAGGUUUCCAACCUGGAGGCCACAGAUCCCUUGCUUAAUGGUAGUGGUCCUUGGUAUAAAAAAUGUUACAUGUACAUAGUAUUAUUACUAGUAAGAAGAAAGUAAAGCCAUUUUGAGGGAUUUGUCAGGGGCCAUGAUAAAACUACAUUAAGCAUUUCUAUUUUUUCACUGCUCCGUGUCAUAGCCAGUGAAGCAAAGCUAUGAAGGAGGUACAAAAUUAAUAAUGUCCAAAAAAGGGAAGGUACUAGUGCCAGGCUCUUUGCAGUUCUUGAAGCAGCUGGUUACUUCUCUCUGCUACAGGCUCUUUCAGCACCUUCUUCCCCCCUCCACUCCCAUCUCCAUCAUCCUCCUCUGCCCUGAUCCUUUCAUCUCUAAUUGCUGAUGAGAUUAACCAGCUCAACUUCAGCACUCCUCACUCCUCCUAGAAACUUAGUCCCUCUGAAUGCACUGCCCUCCAAUCUCUGCACCAAUCCCAACCUUACUAUCAAACCCAUAGACAAAAGGGGUGCUAUUGUAAUGUGGCAGACUGACCUCUACUUCACUGAGGCCAGGCAAUAACUCUCAGACACCUCCACUUACCUACCCCUUAAAGAGGAAUCCACUCUGGAUCAUUAGAAAAUUGUCUCUGACACCAUCAUUAACCUCAUCAACUCUGGAGAACUCCCAUCACUGCCACCAAACUCAUAGUUCCCUCAUCCUGCACUGAUCACUUGUACCUCCUACCCAAGAUCCACAACCUGAAUGCCUGGGUAGACCCAUUGUCUCUGCCUGCUAUUGCCCCACUGAACUCAUGUCCUCGUACCUCAACUCUCUCUGGAGACAAAUCUACCUACAUCUUUUAUAAACCUACUGAUUUCCACAGCCAUCUCUUCGCACCCUGUCUCCUGUAAAAAUGCUAUUUUCUUUUCUCAGUUCCUUCGUUUCUGCCACAUUUGAACCUAGAAUGUUCCUAAGCUUUCCUUUUCAGAACAUCAGAGAUGCCCUCCUUCAAAGAACAGGGAUUUCCUUCCUCCAACAUUGAUGCUGCCCUCACCUGCAUCUCCUCCAUUUCCUGGAUACCUGCGCUUACCUCAUCUUUUCACCACCGUAACAGGGAUAGAGUUACUCUUGUCCUAACCUACCUCUCCAUGAACCUCUCUGCACUCAACAUAUCAUUCUCUGCAACUUCCGUUAUCUCCAAAGGGAUCCUCCCCCAAACACAUCUUUACCUUCCCUCUCACUCUCCACUUUCUACAGGGAUUGCUACCUCCGCUAUUCCCUUGCCCAUUCAUCCCUCCCCACUAAUCUUCCCCCCAGGCUCUUAUCCCUGCAAGUGGUCAAAGUGCUACAUCUGCCCACUUACCUCCUCCCUCACCUCCACUCAGGGCCCCAAACAGUCCUUCCAGGUGAAGCAACAUUUCACCUGCAAAUCUGUAGGGGUUGUCUAUUGCUCUUGACCCGGCUUCUCUCUACGUUGGUGAGAUUUGACGUAAAUUGGGGAACCGCUUUGUCGAGGACUUCCCCUCCAUCCGCCAAAAACGGCAUUUCCUGGUGGCCAACCAUAGUAAUUACUAUUCCCAUUCUUGUUCCGACAUGUCUGCCACAAUGAGGCCAUUCUCAGGGUUGAGGAGCAACAGCUUGUACUCUGUCUGGGUAGCCGCCAACCUGAUGGCAUAAACAUCAAUUUCUCUUCCUGGUAAUUUUUCCCCCUCCCCUUCCCUCUUCUAUUCCCCACUCUGGCAUCUUGCCUCUCUACAUAUCACCUCUCCCUGGUGCCUCUCCUUUCCUUUCUCCCAUGAGCUACUCUCUUAUCGGAUUCUUUCCUCUCCAGCCCUUUACCUUUCCCAUCCACCUGGCUUCACCUAUCAUCUUCUAGCUGGUCCUCUUCCUCCUCCCCUUUUUUAUUCUGGCAUCUACCCCCUUCUUUACCAGCCAUGAAGAAGGGUCUGUGCCUGAAAUGUCAACUGUUACUGAUUUCCAUAGAUGCUGCCUGACCUGCUGAGUUCCUCCAGCAUUUAGUGUGUGUUGCUUCAGCACUUUACAGUUCUGCAGGCCAGUCUCUAGUUUGCCAGAGCACGUCAGUGGAGUAAAUAAUGCUGCUAUGAUGUCACAGCUUUACGCACUGCUCGUUAGCUUAACGUACUUCCUGAUGUAACCUGGAGAAAAAAGGGAGCUGAAGGUGAAUCUCAAUUUGCUUUUGGUUUUAUUCUAAAAUUACUACUUGACUAAACAGAUUGUAUUGAAAAACAUCAUAAACUAUGAAUUAAUUUAUAAAUUCAUUAUUAGUUGUGGUUCUGGUUAUGUGUUUAAUACCCAGCUCAAGAUUAUUAAUGUUUGCGUGUAAUGACAGUUUAAGCUAUCCUCGUGCUUGGUUUGUGAAGGUGUUAACACACUACAUGGCAUUUCCUGUGCUGUAAUUUUUUUUAUAAUUUAUACUUCAGGAGUAGGAGAGAUUGAAAGGUUUCUUUUACAGUAUGGAAACUGGAAAUCAUUGAUCAUAAUGCCAUCUUUAUAACAACCAUUUCAUAUUUUAAGUUCCUACACCCCUAACUGGGAGAUUGGUCAACACGAUUGACAUCUUAAUAAAUCUGGAUUAUUUGGGGAAUGUGGGAACAGGCAUGAGAUCACAUGUUCAUUGUGGUCUUGUAUAGGUCACUCAUAUUUCUUGUGUGUAGCAUAAAAUGGAUAAGAAGGGAACCUCAAUAUCUGAUCUUGUAUUCUCAAGACAGACUCCUGAAAAAUUAAUCAUGGUAGAGCAAAGUUUUACUUGUAGCAUAUCUCUAAAAGGCAGCUGUAUCAGUAGUGUUUUCAGUGGGUGAAGCAUUGCCUGCUGUUACAGUGUAUCAUGUGUAAUCUAUUUAUAUUUGUAAAGCCUUGACAUUCGUCUUAAAACUGAAAUAUAUAUGUGCGUACUUUUGCUUUUUUUUGUAAUCUAUGUAUACCAAUAAAUUUUUUUAAAGCUUUA